AUGCCUGCCGGACUCCUGCGCGUUCUACUCGAGAAACCCGCAUCGACCGACCAUGCAACAUUCGAAUCGUGGCGCAAACAAGCCUUCUCCAAACUACCGGGCGUGUCUACAGUAGAUGUUCUUACUGCUACUGACGAGGUCAAAGAGGGAAACACCUACCGCUACGAGAACAGCUACUAUGUCGAGGACACCAGUCUCAUUACCAACGAAGUCGUCCAAUCCCUUAUUUCAAUCGAGAAGGAGAGUAUCAGCCUUGACAAGGCCGACUUUCAUCUGUAUGAGCGUAUCGCAUUCAACGUCAGGGACGACAUUGAGCCCCGAGUCCGCCCUGCAGGGACUGUCGUGGUGACAGUGGGAAUGUCGCCCAUCGAGACUGAAGAGGUCAUAAGAGACUUUUACGACUGGUACCGUGAGGAGCAUAUGCCGACCCUACGUGAUGUGCCAGGUUGGCGUACUGGGAGUAGGUACAAGCGACUGGCUACGUUUGGGGCCAAUGCGGAGUUUGCGGCGCCCUAUGUUGCCAUUCAUCAGUAUAACCCGGAGAACGGGCUCGGGGGAGAGCAGUGGACCAAGUCUAUCAAAUCCAAGUGGACUCAGAAAGUCAUGUCCGAGCUGGCAGCGCCAAACCACCGCCGUGUUUGGAAGGUAGACGGUUGA